AUGCGCGCAACACCAACACUGCUGGCCCUGCUCGGCGUGACGAGCAGCGCCUGGGCCGUCGACUUCCCCUCGCGCCGUGAUCUCAACGAGACUUCAUCGGCUAGCGACACAACGCCGAGGAGGUACAUCGUGGAGCUGAAGUCUCGCGCUCAUGGCACCCGAUUCACGGACAAGGUCGCUAACACCGCUGGACUCAAAGUCGUCAAGCAAUUCGAUUCGGACCUUUUCCCCGGCGUGAGCGUCGAGUGUGACCAUGCUUGCACCGCAGAGUCGCUCAAGGCGGCGCUCGAUGAUGGCGCCGACGAUGGUGCCGUGGCUACUGUGUACAAGUCAACACGCGUGAAGAUCCUAGACACGGUCAAGGGCGAAUCUUUCAGUGACGACGCUGCUGCCUCUAAUUAUUCGGUCCAUGGCAUUACCGGUGUUGAGAAGCUGCACGGAGAGAAUGUCUUGGGAGCAGGAGCGGUUGUUGCGAUUGUCGAUAGUGGAAUCGAGUAUACGCACCCUGCUCUGGGUGGCGGUAUUGGUCCUGGCUUCAAAGUCCUUGGUGGUUAUGACCUCGUGGGAGACGGAAGUUGGCCAGAUUCUCCCCCUGUCCCGGAUAACGAUCCAAUGGACCACUUUGGCCACGGAACUCACGUAGCUGGGAUCAUAGCUGGGAAGAGUGAUCAAUUUGUCGGUGUUGCGCCCGAGGCAAAUCUAUUGUCUUUCAAGGUGUUCAGUACCGAUGGCUACUCCAAUGAGGAGACAGUCAUCGAGGGUUUCCUCAAAGCCUUCGAGUCCGGUGCGGACAUCAUCAGUGCUAGUGUCGGUGAAGGCAGCGGUUUCACCACAAACGCCUGGGCUGUAGUUGCCUCUAGGAUGGUUGACCAGGGCGUUGUGGUUGUCGUCGCGGCUGGUAACUCAGGUACCGACGGGCCAUUUGACGCCAGCAACGGUGCGUCAGGGGAGCAUGUGUUAACUAUUGCUGCAUCUGAGCCGGGCGAAUUUCCGGCACAGUCCUUCUCGGUCGAUUUCAACCUAGAAGGGCAGUCCAACAGAACCAAUGUCGCUUACGUCGCAGGAACGGGAGUUUUCCCAAGUAGUGCAGUCGACUUGCCUAUCGCACCACUCACAUUGAACACUUCGGUCGUGGACGACGCAUGCAGUCCUCUACCCAACAGCACGGAGAGCCUAGCGGACAAGAUCGUCCUGGUCCGGUCCGGGGGAUGUUAUCUGUAUGAAAAGCACAACAAUCUUGCCCCUUUCAACCCGCAGUACAUCUUAUUCUACAACAACGACGGCCCAUUCGAGGAUCCCAACACAAGGGUUACCCCCGGCGUCACUGGCAUGAUCGAAGCACGUGCUGGGGAGGCAAUCAUCGAAACGAUUCUGGCCGGCGGCAACGUCACAGCCUCCUUCAACGUGAACAACACAGGCCAUUACGUUGGCCUCUUCAAUGCUGGAAGUGGACGGCCGGCCAAGUAUUCCUCAUGGGGAGCAACUUUUGACCUUGCUCUCAAGCCUGAUGUUUCAGCACCUGGAACUAAAAUCCUCAGCACCUACCUGGAAAGCAGCUACCAAGUCCUGAGUGGUACCAGUAUGGCUACGCCAUAUAUUGCGGGAGUUGCGGCCUUGUGGGUCGGUAAAUUUGGAGGCCGCAAAGCCCACUCAGAUGACCCAGCCUGGGCCCAGCGUCUGGUUUCCCGCAUCACAUCAACCGGCCGAGCCGUUCCUUGGGCCGACUGGUCCACUUCCGCCAAAGACUACGGGUUCUGGGCACCUACAGUUCAGGUUGGAUCCGGACUCGUCGAUGCGGCCGCAGUGGUCAAUUACACAACGGAGCUCAGCUUCGAUGGCCGCAAGUUCGAGAUGAACGACACAGCCAACUUCGUGGGAACGCACAGCGUUGAUAUAUUCAAUAACGGCAAGGAGGCUGUCACGUACAAGUUCAGCCUACAGGGUGCUGGUGGUUUCGAGUCAUACAAACCUGACGUGCCUGACUUGAAGCGUUACGAUGAAGUUGUGCUUGUGGAGUUCGACCCGAUAGUCGAUCUUCCGGGCGAGAUUACUGUCGAACCGGGCCAGAAAGUGACGGCAGAAGUCACGUUUACCGCGCCAACGGGAUUGGAUGCUACGAAGCUGCCGGUGUACAGCGGCAAGGUCCUUAUCAGUGGCAGCAAUGGCGAGGAGCUGGGGAUUCCUUACUUCGGUGUGGCAUCUGACUUGAGGAACACCGUGACGGGCAUGUUCAACACCUGGCUGGGCUUUCCUCACCUUCAGUCUGGUCCCAAUAGCCUCGAGUUGACUGCCAAGCCGAACAUGACUUUCAAUCUUACCGCAACAUCGCAAGACUUCCCACGGUUCCAUUCUUGGCUCAUCUGGGGCUCGCGGGAGCUGCGUUGGGAUAUAUUCGACGGCGAUUACACCGAGGCAGAUUGGAAGUAUCCUCCCGUCAUUGGUCAAGAUCAUUACAUCGGAUCUGCCACAAGCUGGAACGGCACCGAUAGUGCGUCUUACUUUGACCCCACUAGGCAUAGCCAGGACGACAUUUACUCGUUUCCGCUUUACAACCUUCCUCGUGGAGAGUGGGAGAGGUACUGGUGGCUUGGGAGAUAUGCCAAUGGCUCAACAAUCGUACCUGGUGAAUAUCACUUCCGCGCUGCGGCUCUCAAGCCGUUCGGUGACCCUGCUAAGGCGGAUGAUUGGGAUAUUGUCCAAGUCCCGAAAGUGACAGUGUUGCCUGGAGGUACUAUCGGCCAAACUUAA